AUGAACCUCGGUCCACUGAGAAAACCUUCUGAAACUCGAUUUCUACCAAACUUACCGAGGGUCCAGUACGGGUCCACAGUCAGCAUGUUGUUCCUCCACUCUCCACUCUCCACAGUCCGUCCCCAGAGCUCGGGGCUCGCUCGUCAGUCAGUGUGUGUGAGGAGGUCGCCGGAGGUGCGCGUGUCGAGGAGAGUGUCGCGUCCUAACAAUCUGUUCGUUAGUUAG